AUGGGCAGUGGCAUUGCCCAGGUUACCGCGCACGCUGGCGUUCCAGUCACCGUUGUGGAUGUGUCGCAUGAUCGAUUGGGGGUUGCGCGCAAGUCCAUCGAGGGCUCUUUGGCGCGGGUUGGGAAGAAGCAACACCCCGGUGACGAGCAAAAAGGGAAGGCGUUUGUGGAGGAGGUCGUUUCACGAAUAACCUUCACGACGGACGAGCGGCUGGCGGCGUCGAACGCGGGUUUAAUCGUGGAAGCCAUCGUGGAGAAGAUUGACGCGAAGAAAAAGUUGUGGAAAAAAAUUGAUGGCAUGGCCCCAAAGGAGUGUGUCUUUUGCACGAAUACCUCGUCGCUAUCUGUGGGAGAGCAGGCUGCAGCCACAAGCCGCCCUGAUCGUUUUGCCGGGCUUCACUUCUUCUCCCCUGUUCCCAUGAUGAAGUUGGUGGAGGUUGUGCGGGCGGCUAAGACCUCGCAGGGGACUGUCGAUCAGCUCUUGGAGUAUGUGAAGUUGCUGAAUAAGCAGCCGGUGUUGGCGGUGGACACGAAAGGGUUUAUUGUCAACCGUCUGCUUGUACCAUAUCAAUUGGAGGCCUGCAGGCUGGUGGAACGGGGCGUUGCGAGUGUUGAAGACGUUGAUUUGGCGAUGAAGCUCGGCUGCGGACAUCCGAUGGGACCUUUUGCGUUGGCCGACAGCGUCGGAAUCGACGUGCUCAAGUUUAUUGCGGACGCGUGGCACAAGGAGGAGCCAGAAAACCCCUUGUUCACACCUUCGAAGCUCCUUGACGAGAAGUUUGCGCAAGGAAAACUUGGCCGCAAAACUGGAGAAGGGUUUUACAUCUACACGCGGUAG